UUUUUGUCUUGUUUUCAUUUUGACAUCAAUUCUGUCUUCUCUGCUAGUACCUUCGUGAGCUCAGCGAUCAUUCUUUUUCAUCGCUGACUGUACUUAGAGAAACACCACUCUUCAACAUUGCAAAUUGUCAGACUCUCGUCGGAAACAGUUGAUCUCUUAACCGUAGUUUUAAGGAAAAACAACUGCAGGGCUACGCGACCGAACGAAGAUCUUCACAACCUAAUUUCCAAAAGAAUCCUAGAACACAAUCAUGCAUCUCGACGAUGCCGCUCACGAUGAUUUGAAGGCCCACCUUACUAAGGAGCUGACCCUUAUCUCGGACGCUGAUCCUUCCAUGUUGGCGGACUACAUUAUUGCUCUUCUUAAGCAUGAUAAGAAUAAUGCUGAGCUUCAGGCUCUGUGUAUCUCACAACUUGAGGAUUUUUUGACCAAUGAAACGGAACGCUUUGUAACUUCACUCUUCCAGGUGUUGGAGUCCAAAUCAUACAUCCGAGGAACCACAGCAUUGGCAGAAGCCACAUCACCAUCAAAAGGCACUACAGCUACUUCCUCAGCUUUACCAGGUGGAGCUGCCAUUUAUGACGAUGAAUACAUCCCUACUGGGCCUGCUGCUGACCGUGACAAUUAUGAGAUCCCGUCUUCACGUGGUCCUGAAAAGCACCAUCGUGGAGACAGUGACGUCUCGGAUGACGAGGAUCGGAGUUUUAAGCAUGCUCGCCGUGAUGAUGGCCGCGACUCUGAUCGCCGACGCCGAGAAUACAGUCCCUCUCGUCCAAGCGACGAUGAUCGGUAUAGCACAAGACGUGGUCGUUCAAGCGAUGGAGGGAAUCCUAAUGGACACUCCGAUUAUGAUCGUCGUGGUGGAGAUCGCAGCAUAAGACAGCAUGGCUUGACAACCGCAGGGUUCAAUAGCCGUAAUAACUUUAAUGGAAUGAAUAACAAUAAUAAUCAACCCGGCUUUAAUCAUAAUGCCGAGCGCCAACAAUGGAACGGACAGCAGUACAAUCGAGGCAACUUUGACAAUGGUCCUCGUGGAAAUUUCGAUAAUGGUCCCCGUGGCACUUUCCAAGAGCAGAACCAAGGGCCGUGGCGGGGAGGCGACAACAUGCGUGGAGGACGAGGUAGUGCUCAAGGAGGGCCGGGAUUUGGGCAGGAGAGGAGACGCCAAAGGUGUCGCGACUAUGAUGAAAAGGGAUACUGUAUGCGGGGAGAUAUGUGUCCGUAUGAUCAUGGCGAAGAUAGGAUCGUUGUUGGUGAUAUGCCUGGAGGACCUUUCAAUAUCCUUGGAAUGGCUCCAGGUAUAGGGCCCAAUAAUCAAAUGAGUGUGGGAGGCGGCCAUCCUCCAUUCUUUCCUGAUCCACUCCAUAAUGCGCCUAUACCUAACCCAUCAGAUGCAUACAACCCUGAAGUUUCAUCACUAUCCACAGAUGAUUUGGGUCUUUUGAGACCAGCUCUUGAGCCUCCACAGCAAGGCACACAAGAGGGAGCUCGCUACAACCAAGAAGCAUCGGGUCGUGGAAAUAUACGUGGUCGUGGCAGUCUGAGAGGCAUGCGUGGUCGUGGUCGAAGUAGUGGCUCGCACCCCUAUUCUACUCCUGGGCGUUUCAAUGGUGCAUCAAAUACAGCAACAACCAAAACAUCACUUGUAGUGGAGCAUAUCCCUGAUGAGUUUAACACAAUUGACAAAGUGAACGAGUUUUUCAAACGGUUUGGAAAUCUGACCAAUAUUCAGGUUGAUCAGCCAAUGCAUAAGGCUCUGAUUCAGUAUAGCACACGGGAAGAGGCUAGUGCUGCAUAUAAUUCUCCAGAUGUGAUAUUUGGAAACCGUUUUGUUAAAGUCUAUUGGCAGCCUGAUGAUCUAGAUUCAGCAACCUUUGGGCGUCAGCCUAAACCUGCAGGGCAAGUUCGACCUGAGACAAAUGCUAGCGCAAGUCAUACAUCCCAUCAUGGCCAGCAUGCAGCAUCCAAAGCGCCCCCAACUAGCGUCCUUAUGACCCCAGAGCGCGCUGCAGAGUUAGCAGCAGAGCGUGCAGCAAAAGCAGCUAAAGCGGAUGAGAACAAAAAGGCAAUGAUGGAGAUUCAACGCCAGAGGGAAGCACUCAUCCAACGCCAGCAAGAAGAGCAAAAGGUGUUAUUGGCAAAAAUCAUUGCAAACAAGAAUAUGUCUGAGGAGGACAAGAAUGAAAUUUUGAAGGGAUUGAAGAAUGUAGCGAUUGAAGUCACUAAAGAACCUGUGGAUCCUCUGGAGAAGGCUCGCGCUGCUGCUGCUGCUGCUGAGGCACAGCGACAAGCCGAGCUUCAGAAAGAAGCCGAAAAGAAGGAAAGAGAAAGACUUGAUCGAGAGCUGGAGGCCCUGAAUGCCAAACCCACUGCUUCUACGACAACCAACUCAGCUGCAUCUGAAUCCAGCUCAGAUGCGACAGAGACCACGGCCGCGUUGAAGGCGAAACUUGCAGCACUACAAGCCCAGGCUGCUGCAUUAGGUCUGGAAAAUCAAGGAGGAUAUGCUAGUAGAGGUCGUGGUGGCUUCCUCCCACGUGGCCGCGGUCGGGGAGCACCCUCAAAUACUUGGACGCGAGGUGGAUCCCACAACCGUACAUUUAGGAUUGAUAAUCGAUCUACAAAGCUGUCUGUUAGUAACAUCGAAGAGGCUUCUAAGGAAGGCCUUAAAGAGCAUUUUGAGGCGUUUGGCGAAAUUGAAUCUUUUACAUUGGGGGCUGAUGGCACAUCAGCAACUGUUCAGUACAAGACCCGCGUGGAGGCUGAAAAGGCGAUGCAACAUGGCAGCCAAGUGCCUAACGCUACUAGUCCGUUAAAACUUGGAUGGAUCUCUGAGCCUCAGACGACACCAGUAGCAACAUCAACAUCUACUUUCAAAUCCCCAGGCUUUGGGACUACUAGCGGUGCAAACAUAACACCAGCAGCAACAGCACCAGGCGGUGCUGUUACAACAGCAGCCGAAGCAGGAUACGAGAGUGAAGAUGACCAAGACGAGCGUUCAUGGAAGCGAUAGACAAGAUUACUCGUGCUGCAGUCAUUGACACAUAUUUUCAUACAAAGGCGUAUACAGAUUCACAUGCAUUUAUUUUUUUUUUUU